AUGAGCUGGUUCGGGGCCGUCCCGGGAGCUGGGAGCUGCGGGCACCUGCGCGGGCUGCGCGUUUCACGGGGAGAUCGGGGUUGGCGUUGGCCGCAGACGCCUCUCGGCCCCUCCCUAUACUUACUCGGGUUUGCGGUGCGCGCGGUUUUCGUGCGCGCGGCGGCCGAGGUGGGUCUGGAUCGAUCCGCGGCCGCUGUGCCGCUGGGAGGCUGCGCUGCCGACGGGACGGUGUCAUUGAUUAACCGGCGACGCCCGGUCUGCAGCGGGGCUCCAGCCACACUCCCUGGCCUUGCGCGGGGGCGCAGCCGGGCUUUCCUCCCUCGAGAGUGGGCGCUUUGCGGAGCGGGUCCUUGGAAAGUACCAGGCUCUAUCAUGGUUAAUGCCGCUUUCAUUGCUACAAAAGGUCCUAUGUCAUUGCUCUGCGUAUUCCAGGAAUGUCAGGUGAACAGCAUUCACCCAGAAUGCCGAUUUCAUCUGGAAAUACAGGAGGAAGAAACAAAAUGUGCAGAGCUUCUGAGGUCUCCAACAGAACAAUACAAAGCCUGCAGUGGCGUCUGGGACAACAUCACAUGCUGGCGGCCUGCCAACGUGGGAGAGACGGUCACGGUGCCCUGCCCAAAAGUCUUCAGCAAUUUUUACAGCAAAGCAGGAAACAUAAGCAAAAACUGUACGAGUGACGGAUGGUCGGAGACGUUCCCAGAUUUCGUCGAUGCCUGUGGCUACAGCGACCCGGAGGACGAGAGCAAGAUCACGUUUUAUAUUCUGGUGAAGGCCAUUUACACCCUGGGCUACAGUGUCUCUCUGAUGUCUCUUGCAACAGGAAGCAUAAUUCUGUGCCUCUUCAGGAAGCUGCACUGCACCAGGAAUUACAUCCAUCUGAACCUGUUCCUGUCCUUCAUCCUGAGAGCCAUCUCAGUGCUGGUCAAGGACGACGUUCUCUACUCCAGUUCGGGCACGUUGCACUGUCCCAACCAGCCGUCCUCCUGGGUGGGCUGCAAGCUGAGCCUGGUCUUCCUGCAGUACUGCAUCAUGGCCAACUUCUUCUGGCUGCUGGUGGAGGGGCUGUACCUCCACACCCUCCUGGUGGCGGUGCUCCCCCCCGGAAGGUGCUUCCUGGCCUACCUCCUGAUCGGAUGGGGCCUCCCCACCGUGUGCAUCGGUGCGUGGACUGCAGCCAGGCUCUACUUAGAAGACACCGGUUGCUGGGAUACAAACGACCACAGUGUGCCCUGGUGGGUCAUACGAAUACCGAUUUUAAUUUCCAUCAUUGUCAAUUUUGUCCUUUUCAUUAGUAUUAUACGAAUUUUGCUGCAGAAGUUAACAUCCCCGGAUGUCGGCGGCAGCGACCAGUCUCAGUACAAGAGGCUGGCCAAGUCCACGCUCCUGCUCAUCCCUCUGUUUGGCGUCCACUACAUGGUGUUUGCCGUGUUUCCCAUCAGCAUCUCCUCCAAAUACCAGAUACUGUUUGAACUGUGCCUCGGGUCGUUCCAGGGCCUGGUGGUGGCCGUCCUCUACUGUUUCCUGAACAGUGAGGUGCAGUGCGAGCUGAAGCGAAAAUGGCGAAGCCGGUGCCCGACCCCGUCCACGGGCCGGGAUUACAGGGUCUGCGGCUCCUCCAUCUCCCGCAACGGCUCGGAGGGCGCCCUGCAGUUCCACCGCGGCUCCCGCGCCCAGUCCUUCCUGCAGACGGAGACCUCCGUCAUCUAGCGCCGCCCCGCCCGUCGGGCGGC